AUGUGCUGGCAGUAUCAAGCCAGAACCAUGUGGUUAGGCUGUGGGGACGUUACGAUCGAACUUGGAAGCAUCAAUGAUUGCGGCGACAAAGAUAAGGCUGGCCAUGAGGUCGCUAAAGAGGACGCAGGUUCCGGGACCAAGGCAGGGAAAUGUGGCAAAGCCGACUGCAAAAACAAGCAGGGCCGUACCUCUAUUGUCUAUCGUGUGAAGGAAGGCUUGGUUUGGAAAUCGCCGCGGACUAGCGUGAGCGACACACUUCUUGAUGAGUUUCAAAACGCUUUCGCAGUGGAGUAUAAACUCCUACGCAGGCUUCAAGGACACCCUGGGAUCAUUCAAUGCUACGGACUGUUCAAGACGACUCCCUCCAUGGAGGACGGACUGCUGCUUGAGGAAGCAAAUCUUGGAGACCUUCAGUCGUACAUCGAUAAGAACAACGCCACAAUUCCAGGCUAUGUGCGAAAACAAUGGAGCCUCCAAUGCGCCGAAGCCCUGGCUUACGUCCAUUCAAAAGGUGUUGUCCACGCAAAUGUCAGCACUACGAAUGUACUUUUGCACAAUCUUGGCCAGACAACAAAUCUCAUUCUUGCAGACUUUGGUGGCUCCAAAUGCCGCGAGUUAAACUUGGACGGUGGCCUGAUCCCUGAUGAUCCAUUUCGCGACCCACAAUUGAAAGAGUUUGAUUCGCCAAAGGUAGACGUUUUCAGUCUCGGCAUUGUCAUUUAUAUCGUGAUCACCGGCCAUUACCCUUUCCGCGAAGGCAAAGCCCCCCAGGGGGAGGAGAGGUAUCUCUAUGAAGAAUUCGUGCGGCAACGGUUCGGCAACGGUGAAUUCCCGGAGCUGAUUAAUGUGCAGUUUGGAGAGGUUAUCGCUGGCUGCUGCAUUGAGCGCCGCUUCGAUACUGCGAAGGAUGUCGUUGUAGCUCUUAAAGCAGAAAUGCAAGUCCACGCUUGGAGCACCUAG